UAACACUUAAUUUCAUAAUCUUGUAGUUGAUAUUGUUCAUAUCAUUUACACACUUUCAUAAUUUAGUAGUUGAUUUUAUUCCUAUCCUACCAUAUACACCUGCACAUUUCUCUUCCAAGUGUUUGAGAUCAACAUGAGGUUUGUAUCUCAAGAUUGGAUGUUUUCAUCAGCAAUACUAGUCUUGUUUAUAUCAGUCUCACAAUGCUCAUCAGCUGCUUUUGAAAAUAAUGUUAAAACGGCCGUUUUUCUGUCACCUAAGAUUGAGUUAACUCCCGGAUUCAUUUCAAACAAAAUGUAUUAUGAUGUUGAAUUUCCAAAAGGUCAUGUUGCCAUCAAAAGUUUUCAGGCCGAACUAGUCGAUGAAUCAGGAAAGUCUGUACCUCUCCAACAAACUUACCUUCAUCAUUGGAUCGUUCUAAAAUACCAACAACCUAAAAAUGUGUCAAACAAUAGCCAAACAGGUAUUAUUAUGGAGAGAAAUAGUGGAAUGUGCCAAGGUGAAAUUCUUGAUCAAUACUAUGGCCUUGGAGCUGAAACAAGAGGCACAAAUUCAAAUAUUCCUGAUCCUUAUGGAGUAGAAAUUGGUAAUCCUUCAAAUAUUCUAGAAGGGUAUGAUGAAAAAUGGAUGAUCAAUGUUCAUGCUAUUGAUACAAGGGGUGUAGAAGAUAGAAUGGGGUGUAUUGAGUGUAAAUGUGACCUAUAUAAUGUUACAAUAAAUGCAUUAACUGGAAAACCUUUGAGUCCAAGCUAUAAAGGAGGUUUAGGAUGUUGUCCUGAUAAUGCUCAAUGUAGAUUGAGGAAAGAUUUUUGGGGACCAAAAAAUGUACUCUACCUAAAAUAUACAAUUAAGUGGGUUAAUUGGGAUGAAUUUGUGGUGCCUGUUAAGAUUUAUAUACUUGAUGUGACUGAUCAUUUGAAAAUUUCAUACAAGUCCACAGGAAUGAGCAUACAGCAUACUUGCAAGGUCGAAUAUCAAGUUAAACCUUGCAACAAAAGCCAUGUUGGUAGUAGUGGUUGUGUUGAUGUCAACAGAGCAAGUGUCCCAAUAAAAACCGGUGGUUAUGUCAUUUAUAGUGUUGGUCAUCAACAUGUAGGAGCUAUUAGAUCAACUCUAUAUGGCCAGGAUGGAAGAGUUAUAUGUAAUUCGUUUCCAAAAUAUGGAACUGGAAUGGAAGCAGGAAAUGAAAAAGGAUAUGUUGUAGGAAUGUCAACUUGUUAUCCUAAACCAGGUUCUGUCAAGUUAUUUGAUGGUGAAAUUUUGACGGUAGAGGCUUUGUACAACAAUAGCAUUGAGCGCACCGGUGUAAUGGGACAUUUCUAUAUAUUGGUGGCAGAAAAACUUCCACACCACCAUGUCUAAAAUUCCAAUGCUUAUGAUCAUCAUAUUGUUGUGUCUGAAUAAGUGAAUUUGUCAUAUAUAUGUUGGAUAAGUGGUUAAAAUGAGGUGUUGUAAUAGUAAUUAGUAUAUCUUAAUGUACUAAUUAAAUAGUUGCAACUUUAGGAUAAAUCUAGUGUUUGGCCUCAUUUUUAAUGUAACAAUCUGUGAUAAGUUUUAUAAUACAAUUAUAUUCUCAUCAGUUAGUUGAUUGGAUUCUAUUUCUUAGUGAUACUUUAUUGUUAUACUUUGUAAAAGAUAUCUUAAUAUUUUAAAAAAACAUGUCAAAACAUAAUGUGAAAUAACACACACACAACCCGUGAUUGUUUU